AUGUCUUCUUUAGCUCGCCUUCUCCAUCGUAAGUUCUUCACUUCUUCCCCUGCAACCAUCCCAAGCACUGCUACAACUUUCAAGACAACCGUUGAUGGCCUAUUCCAUGAACGAGACCUCAAAAAGCUCGUCGAAAAGUUCAAAUCUUGCUCCGAUAACUAUAGAUUUCGCUGCAAGCACCGCAUCUAUGAAACUACGGUCCGUCGCCUUGCCGGGGCCAAGAAAUUUUCAUGGGUAGAAGAGAUCCUCGAACACCAGAAGAAGUAUGCCGACAUCUCCAAAGAGGGUUUUGCGGUCCGGCUUAUUUCUCUCUAUGGCCAAUCCGGCAUGUCCGAGCAUGCCUGCAGGAUGUUCGAUCAAUUACCUGAAUUAAAAUGCACACGCACGGUGAAAUCCUUCAACGCCCUCCUCUCGGCUUGUGCCGAUUCUAGGAAUUUCGAUAAGGUUGAUCAGAUUUUCCGUGAACUUCCGUCGAGAUUGUCGAUAACCCCGGAUCUUUUCUCCUAUAAUAUUAUGGUCCGGGCUCUAUGUGACAGGGGGUCGUUGGAUUCUGCGCUUUCAUUUCUAGAUGAGAUGGAAAAGAAUGGUGUUAGCCCGAACCUGAUUACUUUCAACACGCUUCUGAAUGCGUUCUACGGGGAUAACCGGUUUUCUGAUGGUGAGGAGAUUUGGGCUAGAAUGGAAAAGAGCAAUUGUAUUCCAGAUGUCCAAAGUUUUAAUGCUAAGAUGCGGGGCCUUGUUCUUCUAGGAAAAACAUCGGAGGCAGUUAAGUUGUUUGAUGAGUUGAAGACUAGGGGAGUGAAACCUGAUAUCUUUAGUUUCAAUGCUUUAAUUAAAGGGUUUUGUAAUGAAGGGAAUUUAGAAGAAGCCAAGAAAAUUUACAGUGAAUUGGAGAAAAAUGAUUGCACCCCGAACCGACCAACUUAUGAAACACUCGUUCCUUGCCUUUGUGAAAAAGAAGAUUUUGGUCUAGCCUUUAAGCUCUGCAAGGAAAGUCUUAACCGAUGCCGUGUGGAUGCUGGUCUGUUGCAAGUUGUGGUAGAUGGAUUGGUCAAAGAGUCAAAGGUUGAGGAUGCAAAGAAACUUGUGGAGCUUGGGAGGUCCAAGAGUUACUCUCGCUCUAGUCUGAAAAUGCCUGUCUAA